CCUUUCUCUCUCUCACACAAAAAUGCACCAAAAAAAUCAAAUCCCCGACCCACCACCGGCCACCGCCGACGGAGGAGGCGGCGACGGCAAUGGCGCGGAGCUGGACAACGUGGUAAAAAUGGUGUCGGAGAAUCCAGUGAUGGUGAUUGGGACACGUGGGUGCUGCAUGUGUCAUGUGGUGCAAAAGUUGUUGCAAGGCCUAGGAGUGAACCCUCCCGUGUACGAGGUUGAUGAGGUUGACGAGGCUGCCGUGGCCGCCGAGCUGUCCCGGAAGGUUGUCGGUGGCGGCGGAGAUGACGGCGGGAGGGUGCAGUUUCCGGCGGUCUUCGUGGGAGGGAAGUUGUUUGGAGGGUUGGAGAGAUUGAUGGCUACCCAUAUCUCAGGUGAAUUGGUUCCUAUACUCAAAGAUGCUGGAGCCUUGUGGCUUUGACUAUACCAUUUUAGUGAAGUUCUCUUUAUUAUUUUUUAUGGUAUUUUUACCUUUUGGAGUGAGAAUUCAUGGUAACAGAAUUAUAUAUACUUUGUUCUCCUCGAUCGGCUUUUGUUUCGAAUUUAUGUUCCUGUCUUUUUGGAAAAAGAAAUCAUGUGUUGAAAGGCAGGAAAUAAGAGGUAUUGUACAUUCUCAUGGAAUUGAUAAAGAGAACCUCAUUUGUGUUUGCAGAAUAGGUGUUGAAAUUGACUAGCUGUUAAUUAAUGGUGUUUUUCUUAGUUGU